AUGAUGCCAAAGGCGUACCGUCUAUCUUUCUCGCACCUCGUCUUUUACAUCUCGACCUUUGUGAUCGCAACCCAGUUAUGGUCCAUAUGGGGGCAAUCGAAACACAACUAUAUUCCUUUUUCACACCAUAGGAAUCUUCAGCGAGACUGGGACUUCAACGCCGACCUGCAUGCCAAUGUGCACACACUCAGCCAUGACCAAUGCGAUUCCGCCUUUCCAAAGCUGUAUCACAGCUUAGAUCAGUCGGUUAGCCUAAGGCAAGGCAGAAAGGUGCAUAUUCAGGAUAUCGAAAUCGAUCAGGGAAGAUGCAUGCUACGGGUUAUGGUAUACGAGGGCGAGCUGUUUGUCGUCGAUGCCGGAAAGCCAGAGGAAUGCUACGUCACGAACGGAAACGAGAGAGAACGCAUUCUAGGAACCCUAGCACAAAUCGACCGCGCCGUCUCCACCACCUCAACAUCCGACCCCGCGAUCCCAAACGUCGAAUUCUCCCUCUCGCUCGACGAUCUGCCACGGCGAUCUAGGAAACAGGGAACAUUCUUUGGGUACACCCGGAAGGAGGGUCCGGAGUACAAGGACAUUUGGAUGAUGCCAAACUACGCGUACUGGGCGUGGAACUAUACCCAUGCUCCAAGCUGGAACAGCAUCAGGAAAGAAAUUGAGCAGAAGGAGACCGAAUUGCCAUGGGCGAAGAAGGACCCUAGGAUCGUAUGGCGGGGCAAGGUCAAGAUGGCUAAGCUGAGGAAGGAGCUGGUCCGAGUCAGCGAAGGCAAGGAAUGGAGCGACAUCAAGCCUGUGGUCAUCAACAACGCCAGCGACCCGCAUACCAAGGACGUUAUGAAUCUGAGGCAAUUCUGCGGAUACAAGUUCACCGUCCAAACCGAAGGUACCUCGUACUCCGGCCGCCUUAAGUACCUCCAGCUUUGCCGCUCAGCCCUCGUUACACACCCUCUCGAAUGGCAAGAGUUCCACACUCACCUAAUGAGGCUUGCUGGUCCCGACGUGAACUACAUUGAAGCGUCCGAGAACUUUGGAAACCUCGAAUCGGCUAUGGAGUACUACCGUGCACAUGACAACGAAGCUGAGGAGAUUGCAAAGAACAGUUACGAGACCUUCACCAGAAGGUAUCUGACACCAGCGGCAGUGACUUGCUACUGGAGACGGCUGUUUUGGUCAUGGGCGAGUGUACAGGGAUAUGAGCCACAGUUGUACGUACCUGACAAGGACGGUAAUUUGGUCAUGAGAGGUACACCAUGGACUGCCUUUGCGGCCAAUUGGCCCAAGGAUCCUGCAGCUAUUCCGUGA